AUGGACUGGACUGAGCUUAAUGCUCUUGGACCACGUUUUACUGAACAUCUGGUAAAGCAUUACAAAGAGCCUCGGAUUUUCUUUCACGCGUUUGAAAAUGAAGAGGAUGCCUACAGUCUCGUUAGAGAGGUUUUUGGUAGUGAGGGAGGUGCAGACUUGGCGGCAGAAGGGGUCAGGCGCCUCAUGUCUUGGAGGGACAGCAUGCAAAGCCAUUCAAAACGUGAACAGACACGUCGAUGCAACCUCAGUUUUGAAUUCAUUAGGCAUCCUGGUGAGCAGUUUGGACGCAGUUUGCAAGAAGAGUUUGAAGACAUUGUGAGAGAGAAUCCCGCUUAUAUUUUGGACAUUGCCAAACGUCGUUGGAAGAGAAAGAGAGAGACUAGUGGAACGCAGAGGGCAGAUGUUGAACGUGAGCAACGCAAUGUGUAUGCGCUCCAAUUAGCAGAGAUAUUGAAAGAGGCAUGCCUUCCUAUUGUUUUCCAAGUGGAGAUGCUCCAGGACCCUGGGAAGGCUUGGAUAAGAAUCUUUGGAUCGAGGCGGUCAAAGACGCUUUGGAAUCGCCUGCGUUCAUGGAACAAGUUCCGAGAUUGGCUUUUGGCUCUGUCAGGUACGGUCUGGCCUAAGACCUUAACACCCUUGAUUGCAUAUGUGGAAGAGAAGAUUCAAGAUGGCUGCAGUUUUUCUUGUGUCAGUGAGUUUCAUGCGUCGUUCACCAUUUUGGAGCAACUGGGGAAGGUGCCAGAGGACAAGAGGUUGUCAAAUGACCCAGUUUGGUUGGGCCAUGUGGCGAGCUGGAAGUUGGAGCUAGAGCUUGAGUCUAGGCCACCUAGGAGUGCAAAGCCGUACGCAACUGCCAUGUUGCUUUCCUUGGAGAUUUUCGUUUUGGACUUGGAACAAGAGCUUUAUUUUCGAUUCAUUGCAUGGGUAGCGGUCUUUGUGAGGCGAGAUGUUACCUUGAGUGGCUACGACUGGCUUGGGACUGGUUUGGAACUUACCUCACAUGAGAGUUUUCAAUACAAAAGGGAUUACUUGGUUCCCGCACCAAAUGCAGCCUUCGAUGGUUUUGUGCCGAAGAUUGUAGAACCUCCGAGUUUGUCCAAUUCAAUUCGUAUCGUUUUGGGCAGGCUUGGUACCCCGAGGUUCCAAGAUGGUCAUUGGCGUGCGAACAUGAGCAUGCUCCUGGCGCCAGGUGAUGUUUUACUUUUCUGGACAGGUCACAGCCCCCGCCAUUUCCUGAACCAAGCGGCCCUGGCCUUAAACAUCAGCAAAGAGAGGAGAGAUUUUCUAGGAAGGUGGUCAAUUGGGAAGUCGGGCAGUAAUGCCUACAUUCAUACGGCGCGUCAAGUCGUCGAAGAGGUUCAACACCAGGUCGCGAGCUCAUUGGUCAAUGGGACUGCUUGCAUUGAUGAGUCAGAAUUGUUGGAUGAAUUGUCAAAAUUCUCAGAUGAACACAACACGGUGGGCCAUCGCAUCCGCCGGCGUCAUGCCCAGCAGCUCCACCGGGACUUGCAGCAGGGACCUUUCGAUGAAGGUGAGUCGGGAGCUGAGGAGCCAGAUGUAGAUUUGCCAGUGGCCUCAGAAGACCAUUUUCAGGCCCUUCAGCCACAAGGUUCGCAGGCAAAGUAUUUUGUGACAGUUUCCAGAAGGACAGGAGUGAGGCGUUUGCAUGCCUACUUCAAGUGCCCAGUCAGGACGCAACGAUGUUUGGAGACAUAUGAUGUGGAGAGAGUGGAUGAAGAAACAUUUGAUGCAAUGUGUGCCAUUUGCAAGCGCCGUUUGAAGGUUGAUCAGGGCGGAGCCGAUUCAGAUUCGAGCAGUACCUCUGGAGAUUCAUCCUCCACAGAGGUGGGUGAAGAGGCAGACAAUGCAAACGAUUAG